GACAGGAAAAAGGCACCACCAUAAAAGGACGCCUGCUCAGUUGCUCUUAAAGCAACAUGCCCAGCUUAGCUAACUCCAGUCUGGGCAAGCACGGACUGUCACAACGGAAGCCCUAGCCAUCCUCUGAUAUGUUUUAUUUGUAUACGGUGAGGACUCGGCUGUCAACACGUCACACCACAGGCAGAGCCCAGCACCAGUGAGCAUCCCUCUUCUCUGUCAGAAGUGAACAGAAACCCAGUCCUCUAGUGCCAGGCACAGUAACUCUGAUCACUGCUGGAUACAGAAAUGGCCAACAAUUUUACUACAGCACUGGCAACUUCUCACGGCAACAACUGUGAUCUUUAUGCACACCACAGCACAGCCAGGAUAUUAAUGCCUUUGCAUUACAGCCUGGUCUUCAUCAUUGGGCUGGUGGGAAACCUGUUGGCCUUGGUUGUCAUUGUUCAAAACAGAAAAAAAAUCAACUCGACCACUCUCUACUCAAUGAACUUGGUGAUUUCCGACAUCCUGUUUACCACAGCUUUACCCACUCGGAUAGUCUACUAUGCGCUGGGCUUUGAUUGGAGGAUCAGUGAUGCCCUGUGCCGGAUAACUGCUCUGGUGUUCUAUAUCAACACGUACGCAGGUGUGAACUUCAUGACUUGCUUGAGCAUAGACCGCUUCUUCGCUGUGGUGCACCCUCUGCGCUACAAUAAGAUUAAAAGAAUCGAAUAUGCAAAGGGUGUUUGCAUAUUUGUCUGGAUUCUGGUCUUUGCUCAAACACUGCCACUGCUCCUCAACCCGAUGUCUAAGCAGGAGGGAGACAAGACUACUUGCAUGGAAUAUCCAAACUUUGAAGGGACCGCAUCUCUGCCGUGGAUUCUGCUUGGAGCCUGCCUGCUGGGCUAUGUGCUGCCUCUCGCAGUCAUUCUCCUGUGCUACUCUCAGAUUUGCUGCAAACUCUUCAGGACUGCCAAGCAGAAUCCACUAACCGAGAAAUCUGGUGUGAACAAAAAGGCUCUCAACACAAUUAUCCUCAUCAUCGUUGUGUUCAUCCUGUGCUUCACACCCUACCACAUGGCCAUCAUUCAGCACAUGAUAAAGAUACUCUGUUCCCCUGGAGCCCUGGAGUGCGGAGCGAGACAUUCCUUCCAGAUCUCUCUGCACUUCACAGUGUGCCUGAUGAAUUUCAACUGCUGCAUGGACCCUUUCAUCUACUUCUUUGCAUGUAAAGGGUACAAGAGAAAGGUCAUGAAGAUGUUCAAACGUCAAGUGAGCGUGUCAAUCUCCAGUGCAGUGAGGUCAGCCCCUGAAGAAAAUUCACGGGAAAUGACGGAGUCGCAGAUGAUGAUCCACUCCAAGGCCUCCAAUGGAAGGUAAAGGUGCCUGGGACUUCACAGCACGGUAUGCUGCCGGCCGGAUGGGCUCUGCCCACUGACUGUUCCACUCCCAGCCAGGAUGCCUCCCAGUUGAACUCUCUGGGCACAAAUUCCCACUGCCACCCCACCAGCCAACACACUGAGAUCCAGUUCAGAUCAAGGGAACAACAAAAACAAGUUCUACUUCAUAAAUGAAAUAUAUAUAUAAAGGAAGGCUAUCGUAACAAGUCUCAAUGUAAAAAGAAACGCUCUGUGAAACUACUAUUUCUUGCCAAUAGUUUGGCAAAAGAAAGAAGACUGACUGCACUGUAUAUUGCCAGUGUAAAAAUGUUAAUACUGUAAUAUAUGGAACAUAUUUCUUAAUUUACACCUCUUUCAAUUUUAGAUUUUGUCUCCUUAGUAAUAUGUUUUUGUUUGUUUGGUUUGUUCUGAGACCACUGUUUUAAAGAACAUUUUGUGAGAUAAAGAACAGGAUCUAAAAGAGUAUUAUUAAUUCGACACUGUCAACUACCAGCAGGAGUUCCAAGUAUAAUUAAUGGAAGGUAGAUUUGAAGAGCAAUGAUAGAAAUGUUGGUGAUGACAGAGUCGACAGAAGCAUCAAGCCCUUCCCUGAGCAGCCAGGACAGUUAGUGCCUUCAGACCACUGCUCUGAAACACGACAGGGGCUUCCCAUACAGGUGUCCAACGAAAACACAUCCAUGUGCUACCUUCUUCUUAGGAACAGAAAGUAUGCACACAUGCUUUGUUUUCUUGAGUCUGGAGAGGACUUUUGUUCAGAUGGUAGUACCUGGUAUCUACACAGCUGUAGACAGGUUAUGAGAACUGGAACAAUGAGGAUUACAGUUAUAACUGCCAUACUUGCAUAAAGAGAUCAGGAAGUAAAUGCACAAUUUAUAAAUGAGUAGUUUUCAGGAAUUUUUCCUUUUAUAAAAACCUUUUUUAAAAUUUAUUUUAUGUUUCCCUGCAUGCAAGUUAGUGAACCACAUGUGAACAAUGACUGCAGAAGCCAGAAGAGGGUGUCAGAUCCCUUGGGACUAGAGUUACAGAUGGUUGUGUGCCAUCACAGAGGUGCUGAAAAUCAAACAUGGAUCCUCCAGAAGAGCAGCUAGUGCUCUUAACCACUGGGCUAUCUCAAAAAAAUAUUUUUCCCUCUUUGAGAUAGAGUCUGGCAGGGCUGGAAUUCUCUAUGUAGACAGGCUAGCCUUAGACCAGUGUAUGAACCUCCUGCCUCUUGCUUCCCUAGUGAUGGAAGUACAGGUGUGCAGCAUGUCCUGCUGAGAUUCUCUGUAAUGUUACACACCUGCUCAGAAAUUACUUUAGUAUGGGCAGCAUGGACUUCCCAAGUUCCUAAGCACUGUUUGCCUGCUCAAAUUUGCUUUGCCCCAGCCCUGAAAUUUCCCCAGUACAGUACAUCUUACUUGCCAAUGAUACCAAUUUAGAUGAUAGUGAAGAAAUAAAACACUAUACCAUGAA